AUGUGUUGUGGCAUAGGUGGGACAGGAGCAGCCUGUGAUACAACCAGAGCUGGAGGCGAAGGCGGACUUGGCGGUGAAGGGGGAACCGGUGGAGACGGUGGAGGAGAAGAAGGAGCCGGUGGAGACGUGGAAACCGUAGGAGGAGAUGGUGAAGCCGGUAGUGACGGAGGAGAUGUUGAAGCCGGCGGUGACGGAGGCACCGGGGGAGGCGAUGGUGACAACGGCGGUGUAGGAGACGCUGGUGGAGGAGACGGUGAAUCCAUUAGGAACGUAGGAGAUAGUGGCGGAGUAUGA